GUAAUCAGUUGCGAAAGCAUUGUGUCACACAGUUGCCAGCUAGCUGCUCCUGUUUGCUGUUUACCAAACUUUAUCCGCCCGGCUGGUUUUAAGAGUUCACUCACAUCGGAGGACGUGUUUAUCACAUACCCGGCGGGUGGCUUUGUCGUUUUGUCAGAGAAACCCGGUGAAGGUGUGAGAGCAGCGCAGUUAGCCGGGUAAGAGCGCAGGCUGUUGGAUGUGUUUGUGCGGUAUCACCGGGUUAGCUUGACAGCUAGCUGAGCAGAGAUAAACACGCCGGGCGGAGGAAUGAACCACAAGAGCAAAAAGAGGAUCAAAGAGGCGAAACGUAGCGCCAGACCCGAACUGAAGGACUCGCUGGACUGGAUAAAACACGGCUACUAUGAGUCCUUCGACCUGUCGCACCGUACUGUGAAGGACAAUGUGGAACGUGUGGACACCCUCCGUCUGACCACAGAGGAGUUCAUCGAGCGCUUCGAGCGGCCCUACAAGCCCGCCGUCCUCCUUAACUGUCAGGAGAACUGGCCGGCACGGGAAAAAUGGACGCUGGAGCGCUUAAAACGCAAAUACCGUAACCAGAAGUUCAAGUGUGGUGAGGAUAAUGAUGGUUACUCAGUGAAGAUGAAGAUGAAGUACUACGUGGAGUACCUGGAGUCCACCCGUGAUGACAGCCCGCUCUACAUCUUUGACAGCAGCUACGGUGAACAUGCCAAGCGGCGGAAGCUGCUGGAGGACUACGAUGUUCCCGUCUUCUUCAGGGACGACCUCUUCCAGUUUGCAGGAGAGAAGCGCAGGCCGCCCUACAGAUGGUUUGUGAUGGGCCCAGCCCGCUCCGGCACCGGCAUCCACAUCGACCCGCUGGGCACCAGCGCCUGGAACGCCCUGGUUCAGGGACACAAGCGAUGGUGUCUGUUCCCCACCAACACGCCGCGGGAGCUGAUCAAAGUGACGAGGGAGGACGGCGGCAACCAGCAGGAUGAGGCCAUCACCUGGUUCAGCGUGGUUUAUCCCCGGACGCAGCAGCCCACCUGGCCCGCAGAGUUCAGACCGCUGGAGAUCCUGCAGCGACCCGGGGAGACGGUGUUCGUGCCCGGCGGAUGGUGGCACGUGGUCCUCAACCUGGACACGACGAUCGCCGUCACUCAGAACUUUGCCAGCUCAGUUAAUUUCCCCAUCGUGUGGCACAAAACGGUUCGAGGACGUCCCAAACUCUCCAGGAAAUGGUACCGGAUCCUGAAGCAGGAGCGGCCUGACCUGGCGGCGCUGGCAGACAAAGUGGACCUGCAGGAGUCCACCGGCAUCGCAUCGGACAGCUCCAGUGACUCGUCAUCGUCCUCGUCCUCCAGCUCGUCCGACUCCGACUCUGACGCGGGGUCGGGCUCUGAGGGGGACGCCAUGUCUCACCGAAGGAAGAAGAGACGCACCUGUGGCAUGGCGGCCAACGGAGACACGAGCAGCCAGGAUGACUGCGUCAGCAAGGAGAGGAGCUCGUCACGGUGACCUCCGCCCGGCGGCGGCGACUCUACAGCUCCAGCUGCUCCUUGUAUCGCUCAACUUGUGAAACCCUUAAGAGGAGGAGGAGGAGACCUGCCACCACUGUGCUUUUUCCUCUGUAGCUUCUGUAAGGAUGAGGACGUGAAGACGCGUUCAUGGAGCUGGACGGGUUUUGUGAGCUGCUUGGGGGGCGGGUGGGGGCGUGUUUAACUGUAAACGAACUGUCAGCACGUCCGUGCGUCACAUUUCGAGCAGGUCAGGAUUUCACCGGCACUUCAGCUUUUCCACCAUUUCUCCAACUUUAAUGUAAACUGUCUACUUUUCAAACACUGGAAGCUUCUUCAGUUUCUCGCCGUCGACUCACUCGCUGCUCGUCUACGUGAAUCUGAGCUCUUCGGUGCUUUGGGCAGUGCACAUGGGGGCGAUCCCGCCUCACGAGCCGCUGUCUUUUAGGAACUCUAAUUCUCCCCCUGAAGGUUCCAGUGGAAUAUUUUUAUAACAGAACGUUUGUUUCUGAAAAUCCUGAUUGAUUCGAAUGCAGCGUGAAACAAACCGAUCUCGAUGUCCUUUUAUGAUAAAUGUAAUAAUCAGCUGCCUCUCCAGUGAGCUCUUAUCUCAUGGGCAGACUUCCAGUCCUGGACUGCAGCUUUUAGGCUCCCACUCUCCACCUGCUACAGGUGUGCACAGGUGACACCCCCCCCAGCUUCCCCUCAGAGAAGCUCGAGAGAAGAACAGGCAGCUGUGGUCCAAGAUGGAGGAGGUGGAGUGCAGCUGUGGGGGAAGAUCCUCUCUGGAGAAGCAGUUGAAAGAAGUCAAACCACCACACCAGCAAGACAGGAAGUGACAGGCCUGGCUAGUUGGUAGGGACUCAGAUUUCAAAAUAAGAGCAUGGAGACUGCUAGAAAACUGCAUCACGGUUAGCUGGUGGUCCUUUGGUGUUGGUUGCGGUCGAUGAGUUUCUGAUGUGAUGCCUUAAAAACAGUUUCCUGAUUGAAGGACGUGAGCAGCGCUUUUAAACGCCUCUUAGAUAAACGUAUUUUGUUCUGACAGUGUUAAACCUCGUCCGUUAGCGUGGGCUCAGAUCACACCGUUUAUGACUGUUUUAGAUAAACGUCCACAGGCUGGGCUGUUUCUCACACCCUCACAGCUCGUUCGUGAGCUCCAUCUCGUUUCUGCCUGCGUGCACGAGCUUAAACUGGGUCCAUGUUCUGUCUCAGCUGUUUCCUCUUACCUGGAGAGAGGAGCGUGGCGGCGUCCACGUCUCUCGGGUUGGCGGUUCAUUUCUGUUCGUUUGUUUGCAAACUGUCUUAAAAACCUGAUGUGACCUGAGGCCCGGUCCUCUCCUCUUUACCUGACGCUGAAGUCAUGGAGGCGUCAAUUUGGCGCCUUAGCGUGCCACACAGACUUCCUGCCUGCUGUCUGACACUUCCUGUUUGAACCAAACUGACUAAUGAAAUUAGAGCAGGACCUCUGCACCUCUCAGCUGAUGUUUCUACUUUGUGCCAAAAUCAAGAGACGAACAGCCGAGAGGUCGUGGACAACGGCGGAGGCGUGUAGGAGGAGCCUGUCAGUACUUAUCUGCAUUUUGCUUCAUGUUGAAUAACAGCUGAGGCUUCAGUCAGUUUAAUUAUUCAUAAACUUUCUGAUCACAGCGAUUAAAAUAAUAUCGUAACAGUGAAAACGGGCUCACGUGUGACUGUUUAAAGGGACGCUUCACCCCAAUGAUCCACCGUCUCCUCCAGCCUGUCCUGAGUUUGUCACCUCUGAUUCAGAGCAAAGUUGAGGGUUUCAUUUAUAUAUAUUUUUUUUUUUAAGGUCUGUCUUCUUCAGCAUGACAGCAAUGACGCUCCAAGUUCCAAAAAUCCAUUAAAAAACCUGUAGAAGUCUCGACCCAAUCACUGUUCAGUUUAAUGAGUAAUCUGUAAUCAUGCAGUCUGAUAUUUGUCUGAAAGUCUGGAGCUGCUGAGGUUUUUAAAUGUUCAGGAGAAGCAAAGAUGUCUGCCAAACUCUCACACUGGCACAGCCGGUGACUGCAGGCUGGAGGGGAACUUCGAAUCUUUGUUGGGUGACCUGUCACUACGCUAGGCAUGAAAUAUAAACGCCACCAAACAGAAAUUAAACUAAAGAUGUUUUAAUUCCUCUUCAAAUGUUUUUCUCUAAACAAUCAGAGACGUGUCUCAUCAGAGCCCAGAUCUGUUUAGUUUUCUGUCAUCAAACACAAUUAACACGAGUCAGAAUGCCGGCUGUACCUGUGCAUUCACUUCCUGCCGACCUGUCGCUUUAAAGUGCCUAACAGUGCUGUGACUGACUGUAGGGGGCGCUGUUUUACCUGUUUUCAAAGGCACACUGCUGCUCUGUGACGCCGUCACACGGUGCCUUUAGGUGAAGGUCUGUGUUCAGCGUUGAUGAUGAGAAACUCAGACAUGUGACUCAAUAAAAAUUUUCUAUGAUUGAAA